AUGAGUAUCCCUCAUAAACCUCAACCAUUCAUUACUGUGCCAGACAAUGUCAGAGAACAAUUGCAGACUCAACAAGAAAUCCAGAAAACACAACACGAUAAAAUGUCAAAAGAUCUAACUCCAUUGGUAACAUCACAAGCAGUUCUACUUAAAAACUACAAAACUGGUUUGUGGGAACAUGCUACAGUUACAUCAAAGUGUAACCAACCAAGAUCAUACAUCGUAACAACACCAGAUGGAAAAUCAUUCCGAAGAAAUCGAAUACAUCUUCGAGAAGUUCCAGAGAAGAUAACAAGUCAGAAACGAGUCCGCCUUACUGAUAUCAACACUCAGAGAUCGAUAACACCUAAAACACAAACACAUCAACUACCAGAUUUGGAUGUAUUACCACGUAACAUGGAACCUGAUCCACCAACUGCUAUACGAUGUGAACCCAAAAACAAUCAAAGAACACAAACAGAUAAUAGACAUGUUAUUCGUUCGGGUCGAAUUGUUAAAAAACCACAAAAAUUUACUUAUUGUGUAUGUAUUAUUUUUAUCUAA